UCUCUUACUUUCUGAACAGUUUUCAAACAAGUGCAAGACUCAGAAAGGACUGUUUGGAAUAAUUUACAAAGAAUUUGUUUUCUUCCUACCUGGCAUCUUGUGGAAUUGGACACAAAGUGGAAUAUUUAUCACUGAUCCUCGGGAGUCUUACGUCAGUGGAGAAAAGAGAGCUUGUGUAGAGCAGGAUACGCAGCGGAGGCAGAGCAGGGCAGAGGGGUGCUGGAUGGGGGCCACAGCCGGGCCUGAUGGCAGGAGCCCAGACCUCAGAGAGCUCUAAUCACGUCCUCUAGAAGGAGCCGAGGUGCUACAGUUCACGUGGAGACACUGAAAAGGUUGUGUGCCCAUGAGGUCGUCCAUGCUGGUCCUGCUCCUCCUCUUCAGUGUCCGGGCUGUGGCCGCCAACGGAGGAGACUCUUGUGCCGCCACGACGACCCAGCAGCAGGACUCAGGCAAGGACCCAGAUUCCAUCCCCACAGUGGACCCCAAACUCCUCACAAAGCGGCGCUUCCUCUCGCCCCGGGUGCUCUUCAGCGCUCAGCCUCCCGAUGCAGACCCGGCGGGGUCGCAGGGUCCCGGUAGGAGGGCCCGCAGGCGAGCAGGGCAACCUCAGCACCGAGGAGUGUACUCCGUGUGUGAGAGCAUCAGCGUGUGGGUGGGCAACAAAACCAACGCAACGGACAUUUCAGGCAACGAGGUGACAGUGCUGCCGGAUGUGAAUAUCAACAAUGUCAACAAGAAGCAGUACUUCUUUGAGACGACGUGUCACAGUGCGCGCUCUGGCAGCUCUGGGUGUUUGGGAAUCGACGCCCGCCACUGGAACUCCUACUGCACCAACUCACACACGUUUGUGCGAGCGCUGACCUCCUUUAAGAAGCUGGUGGCCUGGAGGCUCAUACGCAUCAACGUGGCCUGCGUGUGUGUGCUGAGCCGCAAGUCGUGGCGGCAGUGAAGACUUUUACUCCACAUCACACAAUCAGUACAAACACAGACACACUCACCACCCUAUGCACAAAGUAAAUUAUUGGUAUAUGAAAAGGUAUCAGGACUGCAUGUAUAAACACCAGGCCUGGGUCAAAUGGUAUCUGCAGCUCGUAGCUAUGUGGGAGUACAAAACACUGAGGGCUUGUUGCUGCAUCGCCUAUCUGUCUGUUAGCAGCUGUUUAUAACAGGAAGUCCAACAGUCUUUUAUUAUCUCAUCUUUCAAUCCUCUAAUAACAAGUUCACCUUAAAGGGGAACUCCAUCACUCUUACACUUAUGUUUACAUGUCCUGGGGAGUGUUUCUGAGCUCUAGGGGGAGCUGCACAUAUUCAUCAACCGCCUGAAAUGAUGCCACUUGAGUCAGUUAAAGUUAAAGAUUACAAGUUCAAAAAGACCAAAUCAUCAGACUCUUAAGUCAAAAUCAAAGUGAGGUUAGCAAACCCUCUGUAGCCAGACUCUCAUCUGUGUUGAAGCUGAGCAGCUCAGACUAAAUGAUUUGCUACACUUGAUUCUUUGACUGGACUGUUGUUGCAUUGUGGGUAAUGUAGGCGCCUUUUAACAAGGGAAUAGACAGUGGGGAAAGACAUCCCUGAUACUGCUGUAUCAAUUUUGACAAAGAUUAUGGUAGUAAAAAGCCCAAGAGAGUACUUUGUUUCUGUUCAGAAUUCUCUAAAAAGCAAAGUUAUGAAAAAACAGCUCUUCACUCAGAGUAAAAAAAGAAGAAACAUGGAUCAGAGAUCAUUCUAUCACAGCAAGAGGAAGAGGAGUAUCUCUUAAUGAUUUGGUAUGUUUGAUCAAAUCUAUGUUUAGAGCGAGGGACAAGGUUUUAACCUAUACAUCUGAAUAGUUGUUCAUCUUUUAAAGGGACACACAUCUUAUUUUGCUCUGCAAACUCUAAUCACAACUACCAUUUUCCAUUUUCAUAUUCAUCAUGAAUAUGAAUUUAUUUUAUUUUUUUCAUUAUUAUUUAUUAUUACUUAACAUUUAGGUUCUAUAAAUAUGAAUAAAAUAUUUUUUGUUAACUGCAUGAAAGAAUAAUUCUGAGUUUAGUAAAGCCUUGAGAGGGCACACAAUGAUACAAAGUGAUUCAAACUAAAUAUAGGAGAAGGCUCACUUUAUUAAUCCCUGAGGGGAAAUUCAGUUAUUUCACUCUGAAUAUUGCUUCACACAUAAAUAGACCUAAAACACACACACACACACACACACACACACACACACACACACACACACACACACACACACACAUGCAGAAACAGGACCCUAUGGAGAGAUGUCAGAGGGAUGGUGCAGCACACAGACGAGUGCCCCGAGUGCCUUGCUCAGGGGCACCCUAGCCGUAGCUGGGAACUGUUCAACCUCAGACUCUUCAGCAGCAGUUCAUAUUUACUUUGGAUAAAUCAAAGGUAGCUUAAAACUUCUUGUUUUAUCCUCUCAAAAAUAAGAAACAUUUGAAAUAAAAUGAUAGUUAUAGCCGAUCAAAUUCACCAUUAGGCCUACAUGUUGCUUUAGUUGACAAAUAAAUCAUACAAACAACAACUAUUUAACAUGCUCCAUGCUCUUUUGAAUUUAAGGGCAUUUUUCUAGUAUUACAACAUCUUUUGAUGCAUAAUUAAUCGCAAAAGGAUUCAAAAAAUGUUUUGACCAUUAAGUGCCUCCGUAGAUUUGUAUUAUCUUCAAAUUAAUAUCACUUCAAUCAGUCAUUUCUUAUUUUUAUAGCACAAAUUCACAACAAAUAGACUACACUUUACAUAAAGAUCAGGUUCUGUGUUUUAUUCUAAACUCUUAGUCAUCUUUCAGCCUUGAUUCAGACCCAGGUUCAGCUGAAUCACAAAUGAACUGCAGCUUUAACAAAGAGUAUGAUGAAACGACUCGCAAGGCCACAUUUGAUUCAGACUCUGAAAGUUGUUUGUGAAUAGAGAUAACUUUCUUUCUGACUUAACCUUAAGCAUUUCUUAUCAUCUAUACUCAAGUUUCACAUAACUUUUGAUCUAGAGGUUUAGCCUCGGGAGAAAAAAUAUAAAUCAAAACUUGGAUAAUAGCUCGUAGUGACACGCAGGUGACUCCUACAGGACUCAGGAAGUGGAUUUGUGCUGAUCCUCAGGUGCAGCUUCUGACACUCAUCGAAGCGGAUUCAAAUCUACAUGACAGCACAAGUUUAACCCGUCUCAAACCUUGAACCGCUGCUAAGCUACCGACAAAGCAACAACUCUUGAGAGCGCCAGCAUCAUGACACAAUCCUCUUAAUUAUAGUGCUUUUCGUGCCUCCAUUAUAUUUUCCUUUAGCACGGCCCUCUCAGUAGACUGAAAUACAGUUUGACUCAGGUCUGAUAUAAGCAAACGUUUUGUUAAAAUGUCGUCAAUGAUCUUGUUAUUUAUUAAACACUUACAUACAUGGA